AUGACGACGACCUCGUCCAUGGUGCGCCCGGGUCGCGUCCGCAUCGCGCCGCUGGAUGGGCCUGACGAGAGGGCCUUCGUGGCUGUGAUCGCGCCAGACGUGGCUUCCGCCCGUCGGUACCUUGAGGGCCAGCCCAUGGGCAGCUACCUCCUCAUCUUCGAGUCGCCGAUCCGGUUCUGGAAGCCCGCACGGGCCGCCAUCACGUCUCUUUCCGUAAUGGUGCGCUAUCGCGCGCACCAGCAGAUUGCACGGCUUCCGCUCGGGCCGUCGAAUUGGUUUCAGCGGACGACGUCCUUUAUCGAGUGGCGCGUCGGGUCGGCCGAGGAGCACGAAGUGCGCUUGUCAGCUGACGCCUUUGCCAACGUCGCCUUCUACUGGCGCCAAUUCAUGCCGCAGGUCAGCAUCAAGGUGAGCGAGAUCUGCCAGGACGCAUCGCUCGUCGCGCCCGACGCCGCCAAGCCCACGAUCAUCGUGCCCACCAAGGCGCGGGGACUGGGCAUUGUGCUGCUCGUUGGCGGCGCGUCGUACCCGCUGCGCUUCAAUUUUGAGGGCCGCCGCAUCGACGUGCGCCUUCCGUCUACGAACGGCGCGCUGUGGUUCACCUCCAAGAGCUGGUCGAUUCCAUUCCCGUGGAACAUCACGUUCAGCGAUAUCAAAGACGUUGUGUGCAUGCCGGCCAACUUUGUGCCCAAAAUGCGCCGCGCGUCGAUCGAGACCCUCAUGUACACGAGCGCCCACGCCCCCGAGCCGCCACCCGCCGACGCGGCCGAGCUCGACCUCCUCGUCUCAAUCCAAGUGCAUACCGAGCGCAUUCGCGACGGCGACGGUCCGUUGCAGGCCGACCUGAGUGCAUGGCUCGACUUACUGGGCCUUGAGGCCCAAGAAAACCUCUUAAAAAACCGGGCAUGUGCGUCAGUGACGGGUGCCGGCGCCAAAGCCUUUAUCGUGCGCCUUGCUGAGCUCUACGAGGCGCAUUCGAUCGGCCUCGAGCAGCUGCUGCAGCUCGUGCUGCUCCGACUCGACGAGGCGAGGAGUGACGUGGCGUUUCUGUUUUCGAUUUUGAACGCACUUUUUGAGCUCCAGGACGUGCCCCGCAUCUUCUUCCACAACCACGGCGUCGCACUCGUACUCAAGCAGUACAAAACGCUCAUUGGCGCUCGAGGUCCCAAGCGCUGCGAGAACCUCGUAGCCGCUUCGUGCGCAGCUCCUGACCAGGGGCUUGUAGCGGCCGCCGAAGCAACACCGAGCUGGGUCGCCCUCGCCGAGCAGGCGGCCCAGCGCUUUAGCCACAAGAACAUUGCUUUCGUCCAUGACGAGUACUCCAAGCUGCCACGCACCCCACCACGCCCGACGGCGCCUCGGGCAUCGAUCGCCCCGACCGUCACCCCACCCAAGCCUGUCUGUGAUGCCUGCGCCGCCGACACGACGACUCCGAUGCUCGUGACGAUCCUUAGCUUUGUGCGUCGCGCGCUAGAGCCGCUCAUGCUUCUCGGCACCGUGCUCUGCGAGCCCAAUUGGCCGCGCACGCUAGAGCUUGAGGUCCACGAGAUGCUCUAUUGGACGUCCCACGCCCACGCGUGCUCGUCCCUCCUCUCCACGUGGCUUGAGCUCUUUACGUUGACGCAAAACAUGACCGAGCCGUGCGUUGGCGACUACGUCGUAGCGGUCCUCGCGACGCAGUCGACGUCACACGAGCAUCUCCUCCGCCUUCUCCCGCAGCUCCUCGCGUCGUUUAAGACAGUUCGCUGGCCCCAAGACAGAGGCCUCGAGUACGUCUUGUCCCGCUUCACGUCCAUGAGCGCAGAGCUCGCGCCAGCGAACGCGACGCCGUUCUUUGAGGUCUGCGACACCCUCUUUGCACGGCUCGACGUCGAGAGCCAAAAGGCGUUUGCGUCCUGGGCGUGGUCGCACGGCCCACCAUUGGCCCUCGCCCAGCGCCACGCAGCAGCUGUCUUUGGCACCGACGUCAACCCGCGGUCGUCGGACGCUCGCCACGCCCAGCGCGCGACGCUCCUCCGCUGGGUUGCGCGCUGUAUGGAUAUGGACGACGAGGUGCCUGCUGGUCUCGACGCCAUCGUCGCGUGCGUGCUGGCGACGCCGUUCCCGUUCACGCGGUCGAUGACGGUGUCGGCCACGGACGCCUACGUGGCAAUGCUACACAUUGUAGAGGUGGCGGCGCUCCGCGAGAUGCGCAUUCUGAACCGACGCGGCAUGUUUGAUGGGCUCUGGAGUCACUUUCUCGAAGCGUUUUACCACGGCGUGUGCGACGCCCGGAGCAUUGGUCUCUGGCGCUGCGUCAGCAUCCUUGCGCCAGCGUCGUCCCCACUUCUGCCCUUCGUCGCCCACGCACUCUUUCCCUUUGCCGCACAGACUCCGGUCGCCCCCACGUCUGUUUCGCCGCUACUGGAGCACGGCGCCUCCCAACCCAGCAAUCCCGCUGUGCCCAAAUUGCUGCUGGGACCGUCGACGACAGCCGCCGUCCCACUGCUCAACCUUUCCCUUGCGCUCAAGCCCUCCAAGCCUGUCCACGACAGCAGCAAUUCCCAUGACGAGCAACACGGAGCGGCGGUCGACAACCAAGUGCGUGCGCUGGCGCUCCUUGCAGGCGACGGCCGCCUCUUUAUCGACUUUGUCGCGGCGCUGCUAUCAUACGCUGUGGACGCCAACGACGUCCACUUGCACCCGUGUGUCGGUGGGCGCUUUGCGCAGCCGCAGAAUACCGACGUGCUGGGCCUUGAUGUGUUGUUCCACCUCUCGCGACUCCUCGCGGCCGAGGCCGACAUCCUGGACGAGUGGCUCUGCACGUACCCGCCGUGGACGGUACCUCGAAGCCAUCGACUUCGCGCGCAAGAGCGUCUCCUUCGUCUCUCGUCGACCGCGUUCUCCAAGUCGUCGCUCUACUUUAAAGAGUUCGAGUCCAAAGCCCAAGGUGCCUUUGGAACCAUCUACAAGUGCACGGCCGAGAUCCCGCUGCGCGACGCCCAGAGCCUCGCGAUCAAGCUCCUCGCACCGCAGACGUACGCCCACGAGCGCUCCGUCUUGAGCGCACUCUACAACGAGGUGCUCGUGCUCCAGCAUCUCCGCGGCUGUCCCGCGGCCAUCCAGAUUUUCGACUACGGCGUCUCGGAGGACGGGUACUACAUCGCGAUGGAGUACGCGCCAAACAACCUCAAAGAGUGGUGGGCGAGCCACGUCUACGCGUUUCCGGACCCGUUCAACGUGCUCAUGACCAUCUUUGGCGAGGUCUGCAGCGCCGUCGCCGCCAUCCACGCGACCCACGUGACGCAUUUCGACAUCAAGUGUGAGAAUGUGCUGCUUCGUGAGGCGUACUGGCCCGGGAAUGCAACGUACGACCUCUGCAUGGGCGACUUUGGCGAGUCGUUCGUCAACGCGACGCCGCGCAACCCCGAGUUUGAUUGCCUCCAUGCGCGGGGCACCGAGGCCAUCAAGAGCCCCGAGAUGCUCGAGUCGACGACCAAGAUGAGCACCGCCGCCGACAUUUGGGCGCUCGGCUGUCUUCUCUACGAGCUCAUUACGGGCCAGCUUAUGUUUUGCUUUGACGACUGGUCCGAGUUUUACGCGCACCUCAAGCACGCGUCCACUUCGAUCGUGACGCCGGCGCACGAAGCGACGCUCCGAUCGAGCCUGAGCAACCUCCACGGCAACGUCGAGGCGCACACGCAGGUGGUCUGCCAGCUUCUCCGCUUCAUCCUCGUGCGCUCGGCGGCCGCGCGGCCGACACUGAGCGCGAUCCAACGCCUCGUGAGCACCCUCCAAGCUGACACGGCGUCGCUUCUGAGCAAGAAGAGUGCGCCCGCGCCGCUGCUGUUGGCGUCGACGCUCGAGGCCAUGGGCCACCGCAUUCGCAUCGACUACGGCUGCGUCGCCUCGAAAAAGCCCACGCGGUUCCAGCUCCACGAUCGCCUCUUCAUUGCGACGACCGCCGACGCGCUCCUCGCGUCUGAUGUCGUCGUACGCUUUGCGACCGACGCGAGCAGCUAUGUGCCCCUCGUGGCGCCACCAAGGCGCCCGGAUACGACCGUGAUCGACGACGACAAUGAUGCGGCGUUCGAUGAGCGCGCGAGCGAGACAGACCAGCACUACGUGGCCCAGCUGCUUGGUCUCUCGCCCAAGAUUUGCCGGCGGCUCUGGGAGCUGCACGUUGCCCGCACCAAGACAGCGGUGCUCUUGGUACCCGCCGACGUGCUGCCCGCGCUCCUGGUCAUUAUCUACAUGUUCAAGAUGACAUUUUUCGGCCUCUCGGGCUUCGAAGCUGUCAAGGAGGCGCAGCGAGCAAUCAACCCGUACGCAGGCUACAUGCCAUCGCCCAAGGCCCUCGCGCACCUCUUUCUCUGGGAGGAGAGCCGGGAGCGGACGAACCGGCACGACGCUGCCGUCGCCUUUCAGUGCUUUUGCGGACAGUGCAGUUUGGAGCUCACGACGAUCUCAACUGUCGUGUGCUGCGAUGAGCAGAAGCCCUGCGGUCUCUGUGCAUAUGUCGACCAACAGCUGAAGAACGCGCUGGCGGCGACCUACGGGGGCGCCUUCUCCGUGGCGUGGCUCCUCGCGUCGACGAUCGAGCCGCUCGACUUGGCCCACCUCCAGUCGCGUGCAGUGUCCGAGCUCCUCGGUGACUUGCCCGAGUGGAGCGUCUACGGCUGCAGCGUCUGCCGCUGUGUCACACACGCCGUCGACAAGACAACGCGGACGACCCGGCACGUGGCCGCAAUCCCGGCGGGCCCUAUGUGGCGGUCGGCACAGCGCCAAUACUACUAUCGGCGCGUCGCACCGUAGACUUGAGUGAAGUACGACGUUAAUACGACAGAGAUUAUUUAUUACGAG